GCUCUUGAUCUAGCUGUUUUUUGUGAUUUUUAGCCCUGCAUGUGUGUUUGUUGUCUUGUUUUUCAUGUAGAAUUUGGUCCUUCUCCUUGUCGUCUCCUUUUCUCUUGUUUGUGAAGAUGAUGAAGAGGCCAAAUUAAUGAUGAUUCUCUUCUGAUUUGCGCCUAAUCUGCCUGAUUUUUGUAUAUUUUAGCCCUGCAUGUGUGUUUGCUGCUUUAUUUAGAAGCUGAUCCUUCUCCUUCUCGUCUUUCCUUUUUGGUUGUUUUGGUUGAUCCUCUGUUAUUGUGGUGUGACAAUGAUGAAGGGACCAAAAGAUGUUGUUUUGUUGGUUUAUACCUGCAAAUAAGAAACCAAUUUCAUUUUCCUCCCUCUGGUUUUGAUUUUCUUCCUGUGUCUCUUUUCCUGUUUCCUCCAUCUCCUUCAUUAUUUCUUAAUUCUUAAAUAAGGAAUUUGACUUUUAUCACUAUUUAGAAUUUUUCUCAUCUGUACAUGCAAAUCCUUAAACAAGUAACACUGCAUUGGUCCUUCAUCUAACGCAUAAUUGGCUAGAGCAUCAGCUAGUUUAUUUGCUUCUCUUAGGGUGUGCUUGAAAAUGACAUCCAUAUCCCUCUUGUAUACCUCCACUUCUUCUAUCCAGCCUGCUAUAUUGCAUGGAGGUUUCCAAUCUCCAGUUAAAUUUUUUUGAAUGGUUUGGGAGUCUGUCUGAAAAAUGAUGUUAUUAAGCCCUUGCUGCUUACAGUAUUUCAGGGCUUCUAGUAGAGCCACAAUUUCUGCUUCUAUAUUGGUGGCCUCUCCAAUUUCCUCUGCUUGAGCAUAUAUUAAAUUCCCUUGUGCAUUUCUCACACAAAAUUCAUAAGCACUCCUCUCUAGGUUACCUCUAGAAGCUUCAUCCGUGUUGCAAGCACACCAACCGAGUGGAGGUGACUUCUAAAUUCUAAUUAACUUUACUUUGGAGAAAAAAUGGUGAAAUCUUAUGAAACUGAGCACCCAAUCAAAGCCUAUGGAUGGGCAGCUAGAGACACUUCUGGGGUUCUUUCUCCUUUCAACUUCUCAAGAAGGGCUACUGGGGAGAAUGAUGUACAAUUCAAAGUGUUGUAUUGUGGAAUUUGUCACUCAGAUCUUCAUAUGCUCAAGAAUGAAUGGGGCAAUUCCAAGUACCCUAUUGUGCCUGGGCACGAGAUCGUGGGUGUGGUAACCGAGGUCGGUAGCAAGGUAGACAAAGUGAAGGUGGGGGACAGUGUAGGUGCUGGAGGACUGGUAGGAUCAUGUCGAAAAUGUGACAGUUGUACCAAUAACCUCGAACAAUAUUGUCCUAGCCACAUUGCUAUGUAUAGUACAGCUUACUACGAUGGAACCACCACAUACGGAGGCUUCUCCGAUCUCAUGGUGGCCAACGAGCACUUCGUGUUCCGUUGGCCGGAGAAUUUACCGAUGGAAGCUGCCCCAUUGUUGUGUGCUGGGAUCACAACAUAUAGCCCAUUGAAAUAUUUUGGGCUUGAUAAGCCUGGAUUGAAUAUUGGUGUUGUGGGCCUUGGUGGGCUGGGCCAUAUGGCUGUGAAAUUUGCAAAGGCUUUUGGAUGCAAUGUGACUGUUAUUAGUACUUCAAUUAAUAAGAAGGAUGAAGCUAUUAAACAUCUUGGUGCUAAUUCAUUCUUGAUUAGUCGUGAUCCAGAACAAAUGCAGGGUGCAACAAGCACAUUGGAUGGAAUUAUAGACACUGUUUCAGCAGAACAUCCAAUUUCUCCAUUGCUCAAUAUAUUAAAGCCUCAUGGAAAGCUUGUAAUGGUUGGUGCACCACCAAAGCCACUUGAGUUGCCAGUUUUCCCCUUGCUUAUGGGUAGGAAAAUAAUGGGAGGAAGCAUCAUUGGAGGAAUGAAAGAGACACAAGAAAUGCUUGAUUUUGCAGCAAAACAUAAUAUUACACCUGAAGUUGAAGUUAUUUCAAUGGAUUAUGUGAAUACUGCCAUGGAACGCCUUUCAAAAUCGGAUGUCAAGUAUCGAUUCGUGCUCGAUGUUGGAAACACAUUGAAAGCUGAUUAAAGGUGUGUGUAAAUUGGCCUGAAUAUUAUCGUUACGAAUAUUAAAAUAAAAGGAACCUUUUAGGACUGAAAUAGUAGAUUUUUGGCCAUUAGGGUGAGUUUCUUAUCAAAACUUUUCACCCUUUUAAGUCUUUGUUAUUUUUCAAUUCCUAAUCUCAAAUUUGUUUUUAUAUGUU